UGAGGCAAGCUGGAGUCAGGAUGUAGCAUUGAGUGCCAUGCGGUCCGGGUUCAGGGAUUUUGUGCACGAAAUCGUCACCCACAUUGGGGGCGAAGUCAAACAGUUGAGGGACAAUGUAGGGAAGUUUUGUGAGUGCGCCAUUCAGGGUGCCAAAGCUGCAGCCGCUGUAGAAGGAGAGGCCAGACCCCGUAAGGACCCAGUGAAACUUAAGUUCCCAGACGUGUACGGGGGAAAGAAGGACGAGAACUUUGACAACUGGGAGGCCAGUGUCAAUAGUCACAUUUAUUUACAGCAUAUCCUGAUGGAGGAGCAAGUCCUCGUGGCCUUCCAGGCCCUGAAGGACGAAGCGGCUAGCUUCGCCAGGUCUCUCGCGCGUACAGCAGGUUGUGAAAACAACCUGGUUGCGUAUUCCAAAGUCACUCCUCUUUCCCAAUUCCUCAAGCUCCUCAAGGAGCGGUUCGCUAACCCAACGCGAGGCAUUAGAGUCUCUGAUAAGCUCCAAACGAUCCACUCUCGGCAGUGGAGGAGUGCUAAGGCACUCAAGGGUACUAUGGACGACUUGGUAGUUGUCCUAGACCACGGGGUCACUGAGCCCCAGCUGGUCCAGUUGUUUUAUCGUGCCAUUCCAGAGGCUCUACGCGGGCAUUUCUUUGACAAAUCUCAGCAGGCCGGCAUGACUUACGAUGCAUUGAGUAGGGAAGUCGUCCUGUAUGAGUCAAAGUCUAUGCCAGUUACCACUUUCUGGCAUAAGGACUUGGAGAAGGGGAAAAAGUGGAAAGAUCGUACCAUCUCGGGCCAAGUCAAGGCCAAGGAUCACUUGAUCCUAACAUUAGAGGAGGGUGGUACAGAAGAAAUCCCAUUUGAUCAGAUUGAGUGGGGCCUAGGGGAGGAGUACAGUAGUGUAGGGCAGGGGAGGUCUUACGCUGCUGUCGCGGCUGGAGGGAGGCCGCAUGGUAGAGGAGGAGGCCAGGGCCAAAGGGGCCAGGCCACGGGAGGCCGAGGACCGGGGGCGCAGGGGGUUGGCGGCCAAGGAAACCGCCAAGCGGGAGGUGUGGCAGAAGAGUUAAAGAAGACGAUGCAUGCCUGGGCCAAAAUGAAAAAGGAGAGCAAGGGACAGCUGAUUUUGGUAGAUGUAGAGGUGUUCAGAAGUAGAGUAGGGGCCCUUAUAGACUCAGGGGCUACUCGUAGUUAUAUCAGCCGUAGGGCACUGAAGAAGUUGAGGCUGGGACUAAAAGUCCAGAAGUUAGUAGACCCCAUAGUUAGUGUCCUCGCAGACAACCGCACGAUGCGAGUUGAGGACUACGUAGAGGGAGUCCAGGCGUACUUUUGCCUAGAGAAGGAUGGGAAGGUGGAGAAAGUUCUCCAUUCCCUGACUCUCCUCGUACAAGAUGACCUUCCUUUUGAUAUAGUGUUGGGAAUGGAUUGGGGAGAGGCAGAAGGGGCCACACUUCAUUUGAGAGAGCAUGAGUGUAGGUUCCCUAGUCCGGCGGGCGAAGUUAAGACUGACCGCUUGUUCCACGUGUCGGGUGUAGACAACACCUUGCCACAUUGCUGUCUCAGUGCUCCCGCGUUCGCGCGAUUAGUAAAAAAGGAGCAGUUAGAAGACCAGGUCUUUGUAGUUUAUGUUAGACCUGUCACUGAGGGCCAGGAAAAGGAUAGUUCCACAGAUCCAACAAUUGCCAAGCUGCUGGAAGAGUUUCAGGAUUUGACCGAGUCACCGACAGGAGUAGUGCCGCGACCCAUCCAGCAUAGGAUAGAGAUAGAGCCUGGCAGUAGAACUCCUAAGGGUGCAGUCUACAGGAUGUCCCCUAGAGAGUUAGAGGAGCUUCGCAAGCAAUUAGACAAACUCCUUGAGAAGGGUUGGAUCACGCCCAGUUCGUCUCCUUUCGGAGCACCAGUUUUGUUUGUCCCCAAGAAGGAAGGAGAACUUCGUAUGUGUAUAGACUAUAGGGGUUUGAACGCGAUCACAGUAAAGAACGUUGAGCCACUGCCCUGGAUAGACGAUCUUUUAGAUCGGGUGCAGGGUCGUAAGUAUUUCUCUAAGAUAGACUUAAAGUCCGGAUACCAUCAGAUAAAGGUUAUUCCUGAUAAUCAGUACAAGACUGCGUUCCGGACUAGAUAUGGGCAUUAUGAGUUUAUAGUCUUGGAGAAGCUUAGAGAGGCCAACUUCAAGAUCAACGCGAAGAAGUGCGAGUGGGCCAAGACGCAAGUCUUAUACUUGGGCCACGUGUUGGACGAAGAUGGCAUUAAGCCAGAGGACAGCAAGAUCGCGGCGAUCAGAGAUUGGCCGAUGCCCCGCACAUUGACAGAGUUGCGGUCGUUCCUAGGCCUAGCUACCUACUAUAGGAAGUUCGUGAGGAACUUCUCCACUAUCGCCGCUCCCUUGCGCCGAUUGCUGAAAAAAGAGGCAAUCUGGCAAUGGGACAAAGACUGUACGUCUGCGCUCAAGAAGUUAAAGCGCGCGUUAAUAGAAUAUCCUGUCCUCAAAGUAGCAGAUUGGUCCUUGCCAUUUGUCGUUACCACGGACGCAAGUCAGUAUGGGAUAGGCGCCGUGUUGCAGCCAGACGACGACAAUGGCUAUAGACCCGUAAAGUUCAUAUCAGUGAGGAUGCCCUGUGAGAAGGUCGCUACCUCCACGUACGAGAGAGAACUCUACGCUCUCAGGCAGGCUUUAGAUCAUUGGAAGCACUACCUGCUCGAGAGGCACUUCAAAGUAUAUUCGGACCACGAAACGCUUAGAUGGUUAAAGACUCAGGCCAAGAUGACACCUAAGUUGACUAGGUGGGCCGCAAAGAUAGACCAAUUCGACUUUGAGCUCAAGCCAGUGAAGGGCAAGUACAACGUAGUUGCGGAUGCUCUGAGUAGCAGAUUAGACUACUUUGGAGCUGCAGUACACUAUCUGGAUAUAGGGAGAGACCUGCAGGAGAAA